GGUGACUUAACAUUUUGAUAUCAAUCGAUACGCAAUAAAAUUAGAACAGAGUUAUUUAAAUUUUAGUAUUUGGAGAGCCAAAAUCAAAGCUGGAGUGUUGAACUUAAAUUACAUUCGCAACGAUGACAAACACGUUUGCUGUUUGUCUACUGUCUCUAACGUUCCUUUGUUGUACAAAUUUGUCGUUUGCGCGACAAGUACCGAAGAAUGUGCUAAGGGACCACAAGUAUGGUGCGAGACUAAAGCGGGGGGCUGAAUGCGGCGCGGUUGGACACUGUACGGCGACUGUGUGGGAGAAACAAAAGCCGGAUGUUUCUGACAACGAAAUAUCAUCGAAAUUCGUGAAACUAUUCCGAGGACUCAAAGAUGUUAAAGACCUUAUUAAUGAGGAAUAUCUGGCUGCGAGCAUCGAAUCGGCGUGCCAGGAUAUCCAGUAUCCUGCGAUCGCGAAGAUAUGCAAAGACAACACGGCCCAAUUCGAAAAUUACAUACAUCACGUUCUCAAAUCGAACACAUCGGCCGAGACAAUGUGCAAAAUCGUCGGCAUGUGUAACAACAUGAAAUUGGACAAUAUUAUUUCGUUGAACAAGAAAAGCACCAACGUGCCCGUCAAGCAUAAAGAUCAGCUCCUUGGAAAAUCCCGUUGUACUUGGGGUCCUUCGUAUUGGUGCAGUAAUUUUAGCACUGGCCGAGAAUGCAACGCUACGCCUCACUGCAUCAACCGCGUGUGGUCCAAAAUGACCUUCCCGGAGGACAACGACAACGUAUGCCAGAUAUGCUUGGACAUGGUGAAGCAGGCGAGAGACCAACUACAGAGCAACGAAACUCAGGAAGAAAUAAAAGAAGUAUUCGAGGGUUCGUGCAAGUUGAUUUCCAUAAAGUUCGUGGCAGAGGGAUGUAUGAAAUUGGCCGAUGAGUUCGUGGUCGAGCUGAUUGAGACGCUCGCUUCAGAGAUGAACCCCCAAGCCGUGUGCUCUGUCGCUGGACUCUGUAACAACGCUAAGAUCGAUCGGCUGCUUGUAGACUACAACGCCCAAAGAGAACUAAGGGCCGGUUGUUACAAUUGUCAGAAGACCGUCGGUGUUGUCAGGAAGAAGUUUGACGAGACCAAGUAUGAAGACUUUUUAGUGGGACUCCUGCAGGUAUGCCGCAACAUGGACUCAUUAUCCGACUCUUGUUCGAUGCUGAUAUUCAAAUACUACGAGAACAUUUUGGAAGCCGUGAAAAAGGAUUUAAACCCCGAAGGCAUCUGCCAUGUCAGCGGACAGUGUUCGUACAAGUUCCAUAAUCACGAUGAGUUUACGUUCCCUGAACAGAUGGUCCAGUAUUCUGCGACCGAAGAUGUUCCGUGCGAAUUUUGCGAACAGCUGGUCAAACAUCUGCGAGACGUUCUCGUCGCUAAUACUACUGAACUCGAAUUCUAUAAAGUCCUUCAAGGCCUCUGCAAGCAAACGGGAAAAUUCAAGGACGAAUGUCUACACUUAGCCGAACAGUACUACCCGGUUAUCUACAACUUCCUAGUGUCCGAUUUGAAACCGGCUGAAACGUGCAAAAUGAUUGGGAUCUGCGGUAACCUCACUAGCGCGCCGAUCUCGCCGCUCGUGGCCAGGGAACUGGUCGUUAAAGUGCAACCUAAAUUGAUUGGCGCUGAAGAAUCAAAGAUCGCUCAUGUACCGUUAGCAAAACAAGCGGAGCCGGCGAGCGCGGCGGUGCCCGUGCUCCCCCUCGAGCGCAUGUUCGUAGCGGCGCCGCAGAGCAAGGCCGCCUGCGCGUUCUGCCAGUACUUCCUGCACUACUUGCAGGUGCAACUCAGCGACACCAGGACCGAGGACAAAGUGAAGGCCGCAGUAGAGGAGGCGUGCGACGUGCUGCCCGACGCCCUCAACGGUGAAUGCAAGGAGUUCGUAACGCAGUACGGAUCCGCCGUCAUCGCUUUGCUCGUUCAAGAAAUCGAUCCCGCCAGCGUAUGUCCCGCUCUUCAAAUCUGCCCUCAAACAGAAGAAAUCCGCCGAGUCGACGUCAAUUCUGAAAAAUCUAACUGCCCCCUGUGCCUCUUCGCCGUUGAACAACUAGAAUCGGUGCUCAAGAACAACCGUAGUGAGGAGAACAUUCGCAAGGCUCUGGACGGUCUCUGCACGCGGCUCUCCCAGAAACUGCAGAGCGAGUGCAUCGACUUCGUGGACACGUACUCGAGUCAGCUCGUCGAGAUGCUGGUGGCCGACAUGAACGCGAAGGAGAUCUGCGUGUUCCUGAAGCUGUGUCGGGACCAACUGCACGAUCCCCUCAAGCUGACCCACUCGUCCAUAGACAAGUUCCACGCGAAGCCGACAUUGAGAGGCGACAGGAACAACCACAGGAAGAAGUCGCUUCUGCCCAAACACAUGCUGGUUUCUGAAUUCAGUGACGUCGAAACGAACGAGAUCCUGGACGACACGGUGAACGGUCGCCGCGUCUCGCACAAGUCUCAGAGCAACGUCUGUGUUCUUUGCGAAUUCGUCCUGAAGGAAAUCGACGACCAAAUAAAAGACAAACAUAACGACGACGAAAUCAAGAAAGCUGUUCACGGCAUAUGCAAACACAUGCCGAAGUCGGUCAGCGCUGAGUGCGACCAGUUCGUUGAGAAAUACGCGGAUUUAGUCAUCUCUCUCCUCGCUCAAGAAUUGGACCCGAGCGAAGUCUGCGAAGAAUUGAAAUUAUGCAAACCAGAAUCACUGAAAAUUAAUAAAAUAAAAAAAGACAUCCUCGACUGCGCCGUCUGCGAGACAGUGGUGAUGGCCGUGAAGAAGGUCCUCAAAAACGAGAAGCUCGACCGCAACAUCGUGCACAUCAUCGAGAAGUCGUGUGGACUUUUGCCCGCCAAAUACAACGCUCAGUGUCACGCAAUGCUGGAGAUUUACGGCGAAAGCAUCAUUCACCUCAUCGAAGAGUUUGGCGCGAAGGGCGUCUGCCAGAGGAUCGGAUUUUGUGGUCGGACCGAAACCGCAUACGUGCGCAUGUACCGCGAGAAGAGGAACUAACGCGUACCUGUUCCAUCUACAAUAUAACUAUAGAUAGAAUCGGUAAUCUCUUCUUGUAAUGUAUGUAAUCCUUCGUUUUUUUUUUACCAAAAGUGUUUAUUUUUAAGUUUAUUUUUUUUCAUGAUUGAUCAACAUAAUUUUGUAACCAUUAUAAACAACAACAAAAAAUUGUAUCAAAAGUGUACUUAUUCAUGGAAAUAGACUUAUCAUUUCAGUCUAUACGUUGCUUAUUACUUGAUUUAGAAUAAUCAAACGAAACAAUAAUAUAAUGUAAAUGAAUAAUAAUUAUUUUUCUUAUCUUACAUAUUCUACAGUAAUACCGGUUUAUUUUAUCAUAAUACAUAUUCCCCGAUAGAAAUUGGGUGUUAAAAGUUUUUCAAAUACUUAAAAACCGCUAAUCACAGUAUCUGGGUUUUUUUUGAGAAAUCCGAUCAUCGAGUAGACCGCGUCGAUGCGACAAAACAGUCGCUAUGACGUUUCUGAAUUCGAUCUAAUAUAAUUUCAUUGACGGCUAUCAACGACAACUACGUUGUAGAAAUAAACUGUUAACUUGUAGUACACUUACCUGUAUAAUAUGGCCAAUUUUAAAAUGUGUUUUUAUGAAAAAAAUAUUAAAAUAU